ACAUAAAUACGCAUUAUGCUAUCGUCAACCAUAUAUGUGGCUCCAGCUUCCGAAGAGCUAACUGCAGAUGUGACAUUCAUAAUGCCGAAGCCAUCGAAAAAGAGGCGAAAGCGUCGAAAGCGUUGCGCCACCACAGCACCAACUAUUUCCUCCACAACGUCCACGUCUGCCAUAACAAGAGAAACCGAUAAUACACUCUCCGUAGCCACAGUUUCCAGCAGCACCAGCCCCUGCAAGAGCAUAGCAACGCGUCGCCGUGCUACCACCAAAGUGCGACGGUACUUCCAACAUGACACACGUGAAAUUGUCAAAACGAUAACAGAGAGUGAACUCAACUAUGCCGCCGUAGCGAAAAAAUUUAAACCACUUACAAUUGCAACGAAUAAUAUAAAUCAAGCACAAAAACAAAAGCGAAUUGCCACAAAACAAUCGUGGCAUAAACAACAGCUGAAAACAACGAAACGUCAAGAGCAAAAGCCGAAAAUGCUCUCAAAAUUUAUGGGAAAAUCCUCUCCACACUUUUGUACAGCAACAACAACAACAGCAGCUAAAUCAACGCACUCGUACUGCAAAUGCGCAUGUGCUUUUGCCACCGCCGCCGCCACUGCUCAUGCAAAAUGUAAACAACAAAAAAGCAACAAUUGUGACAACAUGACAUUUGAUAAGAAAACCAAUGUAAUGGAACAACAACAAGCUGCGGUAGUUGAAUCAGCAAUGAUUGUCGAAGAGUUAUUGCGAAAAUUACUCAAUGCACAGCAAAAUAAUGCGAACGCGGUCACCUCGCAGUCACCAAUGUUGAAUUUAUUACAAAACACUGGCAUAACUUCCGCCACUGCGCCACGCAUGUCACUCCUAGAUACGCUUAUUGGCGAGCAAUUUCAGCAAACGACAAGUCUGUGCCAGCAGCAACUUAGGCAUGUCGUUAGUGUCCGUGAGACGCAUCAAAUUGCUGAAGCGCAACAGGAGAAAAACGCCAAACUACGUGAAGCCUUUAACAUUUCCGAGUAUUUUGUGGAAGGCUCUAGUUUUGAUUCGGAUCGCAAAUCUAAGGAAGAUUUGGCUAAAAGUCUGGCGCUACAAAAGGAACUGGAUGCGCAACGCGAAAGCGCUGCAGCAAGCCGCGAAAAGGAAAAGGAACGCGAAGAUAAGCGUCGUUAUGCGUUAGUGCGUACACCAUCGCGUGAAAAAGACAUUGCCGGUAGUGGCGGCAGCAAAGGUGAUACUGAUAAUGAAGCACAUGAGCAUGCUUCCAAAUCGGAGAAGAAGAAAAAGAAGAAGCGCACGCGCGAGAGUUCUGCCAGCCCCGAACGUAAAAAGGAUAAGAAGAAAAAGUCUAAAAAACAUAAAAAAGAAAGACAAACCAAUUAUGAAGAUUUUAUAAUAAGUAAGUCGAAGAAGAAGAAGUCGAGAAAACGUAAAGCCAGCGAGUCCGACAGCGGCGAUUCCGAUCAUGGCUCUGACAACGAGAAACCCAGCAGCGAUUCGGAGUACGAGCAGAAGAAGCAACGCAAGCGCGCCAAGAAGGACAAGAAAAAACGCGAUAAGAAGAAGAAAAAGGAACGCAACAGUUCAGUGGAGAAAUCGCGCUCAAGAUCUCCUGAACGUAACGGCCGGAGUGAACGUAGGCGUUCAGAAGAGAGAUCAUCGAAGAGAGGCGGCGAUCGCAGUACAAUACGGCAUAGAUCAAAAUCGGUCACAAAUUAUGCACGCGAACGCCAUUCAGUCGAUAGAAAUGUAAGAAACGAGCGAAAACGUUCCGAAGAACGUUCUAGGAAGCGAAGCGAACGGAAAUCUCCGCGUGAUGCAUCUAAAUCGUCGACGAAAAAUCCUUUCCGUAGUCGUUCACGUGAACGUGCAGCAGCAGCAACAGCAGCACAUCGUACGCCACAAAAAACACAGCGACGCAAUUCGUCAGCUGAAAGUCGCAGCAGAGAUCAUUCCAGAGAACGAGUACGCGAUAAUGAGCGUCGUAGUCGACGUGAACGCAAUGAUCAUUCGCGUGAGCGUCGUAAGGAAGUGUCUGUGGAACGCAAUGCGCGUGAUAGUAAACGUGAUGUGUCACGUUCAGUAUCACGUGAUAGGCGUAGGCAGAAUACCUCACGACCAAAACGUCUACGGACACGCACUCGUUCACGUUCCAAAUCAUCGCAUCGCAAUAAUCGUAGGCGCUCAACUUCCUCCCCCGCGGCUGAUAAAUUGCGCAAGCGUACUAUAACACCAACGGUGCCGCCACCAAAGAGUGCUGCCGCUGCCUCUGUUUCACCUACACGUUCCGAUUCCGUCACCCGUAAAAAUCGCUUCAAUCCAUUCAAAGUAGAUGUGUCGUCCUUAGCCGGGCCUGCGUCUGCGAGUGAGGCGAAACCAGUGGCGAAUCCAUUUAAAAAUGUCACUGAGGCCGUAAAAUUAACGAAGAUGCCGAGUCGCACUCGUUCCCCAUCUGCGGCAAGCAACGGUCCCAACCGUACCGGUGAGGGACGUUCGCGUUCGAAUAAAGAUAUAAGUCGUGCCAGUCGUGGUCGUUCGCCCGUUAAGGAAGAACGAGCAUCUUCGGUGCGUUCAACACAUUCAAGUCGGGAAGCUCGUGUAGCAAAAAAUGAAAAACCAUUUGACAGAGAACACUCUCGCGAACGCAAAAAAACACCUGAGCUACGACUGUCGCCGGCACGACGUGAGCGUGAGUUCAAAAGGGAAAAAGUACACUCACGUGAGCGUAGAAAGUCUUCGUCACGAAAUCGGCGCUCGCGGUCACACAAUAUUCAGCUAACUAAACGACGCGAACGAUCGCAUAGUCGCGAUCGAUCUGCAUCGCGUGCUGACCACGAGGUCGACAGACGUAGAAGAACCUCUCGAGAACGGCGUAGAACACCCGAUUCGCGAUCGGGGGAACAACGUUCCCGUCGUGAAUUAAAAGAAAGAGAAAGAUCACGGGAACGUCGUGUAUCACGUGAAAAACGAGCUGAACAACGAAGAUCUGAAGAUCGAGGUGCGCGUUCAUCUAAGAAAACAACACCACCCCGACAACGUCGUCGUACAAGAUCACGUUCCCCUGUAGCAGUGUCAAGAAAUCAAGAUGCUGCGUCCCCCACAAUCACAAAAUCACGUUCAUCACGUGAGCAGAGUACGUCGUCCAGAAGGCGCGUCAAAGCUGAAAAGUCAAGUGCACGACGCUCGCAAUCGCGCAACUCGUCAGAACUCAGCUACUCACCGGCACGUCGUAAUCCGGAGCGUUAUCGCGAUAUACUUGAAGCAGCCGAUAAGCAAAAAGUGAAAGAAAAAGCGGUAUCAGCAGAACGUGAAAUAAAGAAACGCAGUACCGACACUGAAACAGCGUCACAUGACACGCGUAAAAUGCGCAAAAUGCCUGAAGAGACGGCAAGCAACGAGCGGGAUGAACGCGAGCGUGGUGGGCGCAUCAGAGAACAUGCUAACAGUGACAGCGGUCGCGCACUUGAUCGAGAUCUGGAACGCGAACGCGAACGUGAUGCUCAACGUAACGCCGAUCGAAAUGACCGCCCCCACAGCAAAGAAAAGCGCAGCAGAGAGCGCAAACGUGAACGUGAAACUCGCGAUUCUUCAAGCACUAAGCGUGGCAAACCCAUAUCAGGGCCCGUAGUGCGCUUACAAGGUCAGAGUGAAGAUGAAAACGAAACAGAUGAGCGCCCGGAAAAGGUAGCCGCUGCGCUCGAUGAAUUCCAAGAAACCAAACGUGGACGUGAACUGAAAGACUUGGAAAUGCUGGAACAACUUAAAACGGACAUAGCCGCCAAAGCAAAAGAGAAGUUGAAGACAAUUGAGAAAUUGGCCAUUGGCGGAGGAAACAUGAGUAAUGAAGUAAGUGAAAACAAUAACAAUGAACAACAACGCUACAAGCGCGGUGGUAUGCGAAAUUCGUUGAACGAAUUUCUAGCGGCCAACAAUGUAGCGGCCGCCGUUGUUGCUGUAACUACGAACUCCAAUAGAAUAAACAACAGUAAUAGUAAUCAUACAAAUAAUAGCAACAAUAAUAACAGUAGCAAUAUUAGUACUAACAGUAGCCAUACCGUAGCACAAGCAACCAAGGAGACCGAGGGUAGUGGCAAUAAGACGCCGCCAUUGGCUGCGAUUUAUCCCCAACCAUUGGAGGUGCAAAUGGCAAAUGAUAAUCAAGCUAAAACCGAAAUACCAAAUAAUGCAAUAUUAGAAAGUGAUAAGGAAAAGGAUACGGUAAAAGUGCAAACACAAGAACAACAAAAGGACAAUACGCCGCAGACUGAUUGCAAGGCCGUCACUGCAGCAAAUGGUCAGGCGGCAAAGAGUCCAAUAUUAGCAAAUCGAAAUGAAACCACCACGCAUAUAGUAAAUGUGCGAAGUAUACCGACAACUAUGGGUCGUCAGCAAAUACCGUUACGUCGUGGAGCACGCCGUACAACGCCGCCACCAUUGAUCUUACAUCCGCGGAAAUCGCAUCACAGGGUAAAAAUCAAUACACCCAGCGGUGGUGUCGCACUCAUUAAUGCGCCUCCCAUCACUGGCGGUCCUCCCACUAAUUACACGCAUUACGGCGGCGGCGGCGGCGGGCCCAACACACCAGCCAAUGCCGCCGGUGCUGGCGGUGGUGUUUAUGCGCGUCAAAUGUCUGGCCGUGUUAAUCAUCAUCACCACCACAACAAUCCGCCAUUAAUCGCGCAUGCGCCGCAUACCUUCAAUCCGUUGCUAAGUAAACAUUAUAACAGCGGUCUCAACAGCUUAAACAAUAACACAAUGCUAAUUAGUCGGCGUGAGCAUCAUCAUCGCUGUGCGAUGGGUUUAAAUGCUAACGUUAAUGCUCAACUCACUUCAAUUAAUUAUACUAAUAACAGCUUACUACUAACACCAAAUAACAGUCAUCAUCACGCACACCACCAUCACUCGCACCAACAUCCGCACAGCGCCAAUGCCACAACGGUACUAAGCGAUCAAUUGUUGAUCGCCGCCUCGUUGGCCGCCGUGACGGGCAGUGGUGGCGGUGGUGGUGGCAGCGGUGUUGGCGGCGGCAGUGGUCAUCACGCGCGUGGUCACCAUCAUGAUAUGGGCGGUGGUGCGAACCAUCAUCACGGCUAUAAUACGGCGGCAGUAGCCGCUGCUGCUGCUUCUAGUUUAAGUUAUCAUCACCACCAUCAUCACCACCAACAUUCGAAUAAACCGAAAAUUAUAAUAAAGCCUUUUAAAAUUAACGAUCCACAGCCUCUGGUAGCGGCUCUAGCCGACAGUACGCUCGUCGAUACAAUUGUCUCGAAAGUGUCCACAGCCACAGUGGCCGCAGCUGAGAGUGCCGCACGCCGCAGUCGCAGUCGUUCAAGACGCAGUCGCAGCCGUAGCCGUAGCCGACCACGACGUGAAGGAGGUGGCGGUGGCGAACGGAGCGGCGGAGGAACCAGCCGUCGGCAUUCCAAUAGCCGAUCACGUUCAUCGCAUUAUUCGUCGUCGAGCAGUCGCAGCCAUAGCCGUACACGUAGUCGUAGCCAUCGCAGUUCACGUUCUCGCUCACAUUCACACUCUUCGCAUUCGAGCUGUUCGACGCGUAGUAGUUCACGAAGCUCAUCAAGCUCUGGCAGUUCCGGUUCCUCCCGUACGGGUUCACGUUCACCAUCAAUUCCUCGAAGGCGUGGAUCUCCCAGUUUUCUCGAUCGUCGCCGCAUAACAAGCGCCCGCAAGCGUCCGAUCCCGUAUCAUCGGAAAACACCAUCGGAUGCCUCCAGCUACUGUUCGAGCUGCUACAGUCGUGACAGUUCGCCACAUUCGCCAUCGCGUUCACCAACGCCGCACAGCCGUAGUCCGUCGGCGGCAUUUUGAGGUUUAAAGAAGAAACUUUUCAAAGUUUUGCAAAACAUUACAUAAGAGCGCGAUUCUCCCGGCGCGCAUAACUGCAAACACUAUGGUGUGUUUUAAAGUUGAAAAAGUGAAAAAGUGCAAGGCUCUAAGCACGAGUAUUAUUUCUAGUCCUAUGCAAUCAUUCUAGUCCUGCUAUUUUUAAGAUUUAGCGCCUAUACAUACAUACGUUAAUAGAAAUGAAAACGCUACUAGUCAAGUACAUACAUAUUUUAAAAAUAAAACGCUUUGUUAUUUUAAGAAAGAAAUUUCGUUUGUUCCAUUGAUAUUUCAAGCGCUUAUACAACUCUUUAUUAUAAUUGCAAUAACUUAAAUAAAUAUGUAUACAAAAUUAAGUUUUAAAAAAUGUAAACUAAUUAUAAUUUAGCAAUAAGUCCAUCUAAUGUAUAUGAUGUAAGAAAAAAUAUAAUAUUGAAAGAUAUAUAAA